GAGUGCGGAGCUGCUGUCGAUGUGGCCAAGAUGGCUGCGACCAUGAAUAGAAAUUUUUGUUUACAACACUCUUGGUCAAAAUAUGCCCUCAAACUCCACUUUUAAAGUUCAAAUCGAUAGCAGCCUGUGAUAGAAAGAUGGUGCAUGAUGUGGAGUACCAAACGUUGUUGCUUUAUGCAAUAUUCUUGACGUGUGCCGCAAAUUAUGACCCCAGAGGCGAUGACAUCCUUUUCCAUGUAAACUGGCCAGGCCCAGGAUCAAUGAGUCCAGAAUUUCAGUUUGAUGAUCCAACCAGUGGCAGUGAGAACAUCAUGGAGAUGAUGACACCAGAUAAUGAAAGAUACAGGUGUUUUCUUCCGAAGCAUGCAAAGGGAAAAUCAGAGCAGGGAAUUAGCGAUUAUUCAGGACCAGGGGCCAUGGACUUAAUUGAUCCCUUAUUUUCCUUGUCCAGUUGUUCAUAUAGAAUUGAGAGUUAUUGGACAUAUGAGUUGUGUCAUGGGAAACAUCUCCGGCAAUAUCAUGAAGAAAAGGAGCCAGGAAAGCCUAUAAAAUUGCAGGAAUUCUUCUUGGGCAAAUACAAGUUGGCAGAUCAAACAUCGCAAGAAAAACAAGCAACAGAAAAGCCCAAAACCGUCAAAGUUGAGGGUUACGAGUUUCCAUACUACAUGGUGAAUAUGACGGAAGGAACAAAAUGUGACUUAACGAAUCAUCCACGGCGUACCACCCUGGCUUACGUCUGCCAACCUGACGGAAAGGGAGAAAUCUACGAAAUAAAAGAGAUCUCUACUUGUGAAUAUCAGGUUGUGGUGUUUACGAGGUUACUCUGCUCACAUCCUGGAUUUAAACAAAAGACUUCUUAUGUAAAUAGUAUUGCUUGUCACUCUGUGGGUGUAGCGCCAAAACGUCCAAAAACUCUUGAUAAUUUAGAACUUGAAAGUGCACAGGGAAGAUAUACUUUGCCAGUAGAACAGCCCGAGACAGGCGGCAGCACAGCAGAACGGCCCAUUGAACAACCUGCUGCACCUCAAGAGAAGCCAGAAGUCACUUUGUCUGCCAACUCUGCCGCAAGCAAACAACUCUUGAGAGAUUUCCUUAAUGGGGACUAUUGUCUUACUGGGGGGAGUGGAUGGUGGCGCCACGAGUUCUGUUUCUCAAAACAUGUAUCGCAGUAUCAUGAUAGUAAAGAUGGCCGAGAAAUAAUUUAUUUAGGGAAAUGGGAUGAAGGUGUACAUAGAAUGUAUUUGGAAAAUAAUCCUGAGAAACGUCCAAAACACAACAACGAAAAACAUUAUAAAUUGUCUUUUAGAUAUGUUAUGCAUUACUACGCCGGUGGUGAUUUGUGUGAGUUGACUGGGAAACAGAGAUAUGUCGAGGUCAAACUCAGAUGCAAAGAGGAUCCUUCCAGACCAACAGCAAUGGCUAUCUACCUGAUGGAAGACAGCACAUGUACUUAUACCCUUGUGGUUGAAUCUCCUGUCCUGUGUUCUCUGAUCGAGGCAGCCGAUAUGGAUGGUAUCUUCCCUAUUCCGAGUUGAGGGGAGACAUAUCUGUGAUUUCAUCUUUACACUGAUUCAUCAUAUCAAGUAUAAAAGUGAUUGGCUAUGAUAGACUUGCCUGAAUCUUAGGCGACUGAUGAAGAUUUUUGGUGGGAGGCAGUUUAAAUAGUACUUUUCACACUCUGACUGCUUUGGAAGAAUAAAAGUCUACAGUGGCUACCAACAAGUAUAUUCAAUCUGAUGAAGCAGUGAUCUUGGCUCAUUGAGGACUGGUGCUAUUUCAUCAAAAUAGGCCUGGUCUGUUUGUUUACUCUGGUGGUCAUUCCAUGAAAAUGGCACACGCCACUGCUGUGUUGGCACCUGAUAAAACUUGAGUUAAUUCUCCCGGGUGACAUCAUCAGAAUGAUAUCAUUGUAAUUAGAUACAAAAGGUGUCUCCAUCAACCCUUGUUGAACGAUAUUUACUUGAGACAAACUACUUUGAAGCCAAACCAUCACAGGUGUUCAGUAGGAGAGUCGGUGUCAGUGAAAUACUUGAGUACUAAAUUGGUGUAGGGUUAUGUACUAUUCAUUUUGUAUUGAUUUCAUUGGUGCAUUAUCUUGUAUGCAAAGUGGACUUAAGAAAGAACCCUUCUUGCCAUUGAUCUUACAAAAAUGUAUUAUUUGUGUUGGUCCAGUCUAAAUAUUUGUUAUUAUGAUAUUGUGAGCAUAAGGAAACUAUUGCCUGCACUAAUUGACAAGAUAGGUUCUGGUCAGUUCUCUUUGCUUUCAGCUUCACUUCUCUUAAUGAAAAAGAGCUAUUUCAGACAGUACUUUUCAAUGUUAGGCUCCCUUUUGCACUCCCUAGGGAUAUUAUGGAGGACACUACAGGCAUAGUUGUAAAUUUAAAAUGCAUCCGUUGUUCGCAAAGUUGGGGAUAGAUGGCAGAGUAUCUUACAUUCGGGUGGUAAUUUGGUCCCAGGUGACAUCAUGUCCAUAGCAAAUCUACGAACCUAGCUAAGAUUUGAGUAAUUUUUUGGAUUGUUUUCAAAGGUUUUCUCAUAUAUGAAGUCAUUUGUGGUGUGUGAAACAUGUUUUUUCAUGAAUAAAACUGUAUUUUAA